CCAAGAGAAGAGAAGAGAAGUGAAAUCGAACAUAAGCUAUCUUUCUCUAUUGCUUUGCGUUCCUUGACCUAGAAGCUUUCCCGUUGCUCUUUCCUGGUGCAAAUCGCCUUGUUUCCGCUGAUAAAAUGCCUCGUACUGCUUCCAAGCCGACGAAGAAACGGACUAAACCUUAUACAGUUCCCUCUUCAGACACGGAUCCUGUUCCCUCAGCUUCGAGUGCAACUAAAAAGUCGUCCAAAGAGAAGGAUGGAAAAUAUAAACUGUUUAAUAAGUAUGCUAAUACAUCUUCUGGUGUCAUUGAUCCAGAAGGAAUUGAGAAACUUUGCUCCAAAUUGAAAGUUCCUCAUACUGAUAUCAAGAUCUUGAUGCUAGCUUGGAAAAUGAAGGCUGAAAGACAAGGUUACUUCACCAAGACUGAAUGGAGGAGAGCACUCAAGGCUUUAAAGUUUGAUACGAUAAAAAAAUUGAAGAAAGCCCUUCCUGAGCUCGAGCUAGAGGUAAGAAAGCCAUUGAAUUUUGCAGACUUCUACGCUUAUGCUUUCCGUUAUUGUUUCACAGAUGAAAAACAAAAUUGCGUAGACAUUGAGACUAUUUGUCAACUCCUAGAUAUGGUCUUAGGAUCAACAUUCCGUGACCAGGUUGAUCACUUUGUCGACUACCUAAAGAUCCAGAAUGAUUACAAGGUCAUCACCAUGGACCAAUGGAUGGGUUUUUAUAGAUUCUGCAAUGAGAUAAGUUUCCCGGACAUGACCAACUACAGUCUAGAACUUGCUUGGCCAUUGAUUCUUGACAACUUUUUUGAGUGGAUGCGCGAAAAACAAGCGUGAAUUAGUUUCCAUAUUUGUCAAAAUGUUCAAGUCUAAAGCUUCAAGAAGAGGCCUCCAUGUUUCACAGUCACCAUCAAAUAACUUCAAAUUUGAUUA